AUGGCGAACAACAGUGUCGACCCACAAUGCAUCUGGUAUUUUCUCAACACCUAUAAAGACCGUGCCUAUGAAGACUUCGACAAGUUUCAUCCACGCUCCACACCUCUGCUAGUUGAAGAUAGUGUAGACACCCAAUCCGAGUCUGCACUAUCCGGAACAACGGUGACGUCACAUGCCAACACCCACGCGAUGUCGUUAUUUUCCAGUGGUGCUCAUAGUCAUGACACACAGUCAGUCUUCACAGUCCCCUCGGAACGCGGGGCCCCUGGGUCUGACUUCGAUGUCUGGUGGGCUAACCGUGUUCCCACCAGAACUGAGCAAGACCAGGAUAGCGAGGAGACUGAGCACUCUUCAGCUGAACCGGGCCCUGGCGAACUGUGGUGCGAAUUUUGGGAACUCAAACUUUGCCGCCAGCUGUUCCAGGCCGAAGACCGAAGUUCAUGGAUAGAACACCACGCGAAACACUUAGGGGAAGCAUAUCCGCCUGAGCUCUUCUGUUGGUUCUGUACUAAACGCUUCAAGGCCACAUUGCCUAGCAACCCGCACAGCCUCGAAGAAAACUUUGAGAAGCGGAUGAAGCAUAUCCACAAGCACAUCCGGAAAGAUGGCAGCACUCCUAAAGUCCAGGUGUCGGACCAGAACGUCGUCGAUCACAUGUAUCGUAACGGUUGGCUCAGUGAGGCGGCGUUCAAGAAGGCCAGAAGACUUCCUCCGAUAUUCCAACAUCCGGACUUGUGUGAGUGA